CGCCCGUCAUCCCCUGCCCGGACUGCGGAGUCCCAGCUCCCAACGCUGACCGACACCGCUGUCCGACCCUCCUCUCUCCACGUGCUCAGCGGGGCGGUCCAGGAACACUCCAGCCCCGCCCCUCCGCCCUAUUGGCUCAUCGGGCAGGCCCCGCCCACCGGCGUGCCGAUGGAGCCCCGCCUACCUCGGGGGCGGGUCCUAGGGAAGCAAGUGGGGCGUUCCCAGGUAGGCGCUAAACAUCUUUGCAAGGAGGCGCGUGGGUUGUUCGCUGCUGGACCGGCCGGCCGUUGGGGAGGGGGCUUUGGGUCGUCCCGUCCCGCCCCGUCCUCGGCUGCUGGUCUUGCCUUCGACGGGAGCGCAGCGAGGAGACACGUUCGCCGGGCUGCGCUGCGGCCAGCCUCAGCCCGAGCGGUAGUAGUGGCGACCCCGAGGAAAAAAGGGCUAUCGGUCCAAACCCGUGCAAAAAGACACGCAUGCCAGGACUCCCGACCUGGCCCAGUGCUUAGAACUGACCGUGAUACGGUUUUAAACCUUUCCCCUAAACUUUUGCAACCAAUGUUGCAAACAACUUAAUGCUCAAUGCUUGGGGCUGGUUCUCUCUCUCUCUCUCUCUUUUAAAAAAAUCUUCCUAUAGAUCAGUUCCGCUCCGCGGUUCAUGCAGGAAAAGUUGGUGGCACAAGCAAAUAAUUGCUUGAAAUUCGGGCUAAGCCCCGGACCUCUCAGAAUCCAUAGUCUUUGAAGGAUUGUGCAGAGAAAAGAACAUGAAAUAGCAAUUGUCUUGCAAGGAAAAGAUACACUGAGGAAGUUGUUUUUUUUUUUUCCACAACGAAAAGUAUCAGUCAAGAGAAAUUACAAAUGGAACCUGCAACAUAUCAUUCCAAAAAAGCAGGAGCAAAGAAAGAAAACAGUAGAAAACAGAUUGGUUUGAGCUCAGAAAUACUACCAAUAUCUUGCAGAAGCCGAAAGAAAUCUCUGAAGCAAAAUUCAAUAAUAAAGGCAUCUUUUGCACUGUGGAAAAAUAGCAACCAUGGAAGAAAAGGAAAGCAUGAUUAUUGUUUAAUGACUCCACGUGGAAAGCAAUUGGCACCACAAACACAGCAGAAAAAGUUUGCAGCAUUUAGAAAACUACAAGUCUCACUAUACGACAUAUUGGAUAAAAAUUGUGCUCCCACGCUAAAGAAGUCUUUCCAAAUUCCAAAUGUUGGGGCAUUGCUAGAAAAGGAAAAAAAGGACACAGCCGAGAGGCGCACCACAGAGGUGGAUAAUUCUAGAGAAGCAGGGGAAUGUUCUGGAGAAGUGGAGCCUGGGCAAACAAAUUCCAAUUGUGACAUUAGAAAAUCUGGAAAUGGAGCCAAAUCUUCGACAUUCUUGGCCUUGAGCGAUCAGAGCUUGUUUGCAACAUUCCCUUUUAUUGAACAAAACCAUGAAAAUACAGUAAUGGAUCCUUGUCUGGCCAAAACAGACGAAGAAAGGAAAGAAUGCUUUCAAAAGGCUUCUGUUCCUGUUUCUGAGGCAGAGACAUGGAAUACGAAAUGGUUUGAACCAACUGAAAAAUGUAUGGAAUCUGGGAGCCAUAUGGUCAAACAAACAGAGGAGGGACCUGCCUGUUAUAAAGCAGAAGAUGGUCAAGAUGUGGAGAUAAAGCUGUCAGGAGGAUCAAGUGAAACAGCUAUCAGUGAUGUAACCCAACCCUACAGCCUAAAUUCCAUCUCUGUCUCCGAUGAAGGAGUUUUGCAGGAUAGGGAAAUUAUCCCUGCUUUUAGCAGCAACGCAUUCUCCAAAACAUCAAUUGGCAGAAUGAUCUUGACUGAUAAAAAACCUCACGAAGGGGACAAACGUCACGUAUCUGAUCCGCUCUCGUCAUUGUCGGAGAUCAAUCUUAAGUUAGGCAUACAGACUCUGACUUCCAACGAGAGUGAAAUUAAGCUGCCAAUAAAGGAACUGAUGGGUCUCAGUCUGAACACAUUCACUGAAAAGAUCCAUGAAGAUCUGGUGAUCCUUGAAGAGGAGGAAAGUAAUAUCAGGGAUAGCAAUACAAAUAUGGAGAGCUUCUGCUUUCUGCUAAAAGACAAUGAAAUUCGAUACGAUGAAGCUCUGGUGUGUGUAGCCAAUGAAGAAAGGCCUGGAGAUUUUUUAUAUGGAGGUGGCCUUUCAGAUCAUGGGGCUGAAUAUUUAGUGCCAGAGGGCAACUUCACAGGCCAGAACUAUCCAGAUGAUGAUGAUGAUGAUGGAGCCUUCAUACACACUGAGAUCAAAAAAGCAACAAUGUCAGUUGAAGACAAAGAAGUCAAUUUCUUCAGCAAUGAAAAAGAAACUAUGGAUUGUCCACCAGCAGAAGAAAACAUUUCUCUGGGAGAAGAAGAAAGCUUGCUGCUGUAUCAGUCUCGGAGCGUAAAAAUGGUCUUUUAUGAGCUGUUUGGGUCACUAGUGAAACUUCUUGGAAGUCCCAGCUUUAAUCCGAAAAAAUCCAGAUUGGGAAAACUUACAGAACUGGAGGAUUCUUCAAGUGCAAAGACACGUGAAGGUAGUGACGCCAGGCUAUCUUCAAAGAGAAAAAAAGAAAAUAGGCUCUGUUUAGCAAACAGAACCACGUGUUUAGGCUGCGGGACAAAACAGAGGACAACACAGAAAAAGACUCCCAAGCCAAUACCUCGGCCGUGGCUCUCUCAAGAGCAAAGUCGCAUGAAGGUGAUAGAAACCUUGAGAGAAACCCUCCAAAAAAGGCUGAAUGAUACCCCUGACUUGGAUGUGCAGAAAAAUAUAGCAUCAAAAAUAGCGAAGAAAGUGGAGAUGGAGAUAUUCAAGCACUUUGGCCGCGUGGAUCGGCUUUACAAAAACAAGUAUCGCAGUCUGCUGUUCAAUCUGAAAUCAUCAGACAACCAGCUCUUCAACAAGUUGAUGCGUGGAAAAAUCACCCCAAGGAGAUUAGUUCAGAUGAGCUCUUUAGAGAUGGCCUCCAAGGAGCUAGCAGAGUGGAGAGCCAAGAAGAACAAACAUGAACUGGAGAUGAUUGAGAAAGAGGAGCGAGAAAUGCCGAGGCGUUGCUCUGAAAAAUUCACCCACAAAGGAAUUGUAGAGAUAUACAGAGAAGUAGACAUAGACGUGGCAUCUGAAGAAAUCAUUGAAUCAUCGCUACAUGAGGUACCAUCAUUAGCUGGGAGCAACCAAAUAAGAGAGUUGGCUGCUGACAAUGAGCAGGUAUUUGAGCCAGUCACGUAUAAAUUGACUUUUAAGCAGGAGGCAAAUCCCUCUCAGAUUUUGCGUCAAAACAUCGCAUGCUCGGAGAUGGACAAGACACCUCAGGAUGAAGGCAGCACUGCAAACCGAAAUCGACAGACGGCAAAGCGGCCCAGCUACUCAGUCAUCUGGAAUGGGCUUAUCCAGAUGUUCAGUGUGAAGCAGUUUGUAGCCAAAGCGUAUCCUGUUUCUGGUUUUGGCUCUCAUCUCUGUCAGGCUUUACCAACAGUGCUUCAGUCACAGGGAUGUAUUCUCCCCAAGGACGUCUGGGCUUAUGUGGAUAGCAUAUGGCCAAGAAAGAGAGAGGAAAUGGGGGUGAUAAGAUUCCGUCCCAGUUUAUCCAGAGAUUUCAGUUCUUACCACACAUUGUACACCUACCUGAACAACAGACAGAGAUACGGCAUUGCGGAAAGUAACCAGAUGGAGAUAUUCCUGGUGCCAUUACCAGCCUACCAAUUGGUGCCUUCCCAAUUCCACCCAGUAGGUGGACCAGGCCUUCAUCGGUGUCACCCAGCUUUGCUAUUGGGGCUAAUUUUGCCCAGAAGAACUCUUCUAGACAGGCUGAAGACACAUCAUGAUCUUCCACCUACAGCCAAGAAAAAGAGAAUCACUUCUAAGGUCAGCCCGGAAAACAGCUGUUUCACUCUCCCUUCACGUUUACAGGCAGAUGUUGGUCAGGAACAGACCCCGCAGCCUGUGUGCACAGAAGGGCUUUCCUUUGCGGAAGGCCUGACAAGCCUUCCAAAGCAAGAGGAGCUGACACUUGACAGUCUUCUUGAUCUCAUAGAACAGCUCAAAAGAGGCAUAGUGUGUAGAGCGCCUUCCACUUCUUGCCAGCAAGAUGCAAGAGAUGAAGUCAGCCAGCCUUCUUUGACAGCAGAUUCUGCUUCAACUGGAGAGCAAUUGGGCAAUUUAACUCUGGAAAUUUUGGGAGCACCGCCAUGUCAGAAUGAGGAAGAGAUACAGUUUUGCACCGAUCCUCUUCCAUCAGAUUUCUGUAGUGUGCUUGGGCCUCUUUUACCUUCUGGGGUUUUACAUCCAGAUCAACAGGGAACUCAUAUGGCGUAUGGAGCCCAAGGAAUAAACACCUUUGAAAAUCUACUUUUACCAAGUGUCUUUUGUGCUGAAGUUGUGACACCUGUUGAGGAACGUCAGGCUCAACUUCCACCCCAAAUUCCUUACACCAACACGAUUGGAGGGCAUAACUCAUCUCUGCAGGAAACAUUGUCUUUCAUCCAGACAAUGAUGCAGUCCAACGUUCAAAAUCUGGAAGCUCAAUCAUGUAGUCUCCUUACACAGGAAAUGAUCUCUGCACUGUCUCAGAUUCCAGCAGGAACAGAGUCGUUUCCAGCCCAGCAAGAUGGUGGACACUACAUAGGACCAACUUGAGAUGCUUGGGAGGGCGACGGAUGUGAUGGUGGCAGUUUAAAGCUGUAAAAGAGGGGACAACUCUCUGGGAGCAAAUAGAAAUAGGGGUGGAAUAAGCUGCAGGUGAAGGAGUUUUCAUUACUCUCUUAACCGGCUUGCAUAUUUAUUCCUUAUAAUUCUAAGAGACUAGGGUAGGUUUAGCUUUUAAUUGUGCAUUGAUCGGGGUUUAAAAGUUCAUUUUGAUGAGUAUUUCUCAAUCUUGGCAACUUCCCCAGCCAGUAGGGGAUUCUGGGAGUUCAAGUUCCACACAUCUUAAAAUUGCCAAGAUUGAGAAACACUGAGUUGGAUAUUGUUAGUUGUCUGAAUCCUAGUAUGCCCAUCUCAUACCGUGGUCAUGACAAACAGGUAGCCAAUUGGUUCACCAGAAACCAUUGUAAACUCAAGACUUAAAAUGACCAUUUUCCAUGAAGUUAAUGGAAAUUGGCAUUUGGUCAUUUCCAGGGCAAAAACAGAUGGAUAGUUUUCUGUUUUUCUGCUAUAUGCUGAUGACUCCAAAUAACCAUGUGGGCAAGAGGCAGAUUCCACGAGGAAAAUGCGGAUUGCGUUGGGGUUGAAGCUGUUGUCUGAUUAGAAGACACAAUUGUACCUAACAUGUAUUUUCAUGUUAAGAAAGCAUUCUAAAGUGUUAAAUUAAAAAAAAAUAAAGG